AUCAUCUCAGCGUGGACGCCAUGGAUGAGGACAACGAGUAUGAUGACGAGGAUUUCGACAACGACGAUUUCGAAAACGAAACCGUAGAGGACGAGAGCGAAGAGGAGCUGCCGAAGCGCCGGGACGAUGCUGAUGCUGUGGCUGCGGCCACAUUCAUCGGCGCCACUGGCAGUUCCAUCAACGUCCCUGUGGUGCCGGUGGAGGAAGGCAUGCGAAUUUGGGACGAUGUGGACUGGGGCCUCAAGGUUCGCUGCAACUCUGGCGCCACGCUGACGGAGCUUCCACCGCACUUCUUGGGCGGGUCGCUGCUGCGCUGCCCCGAAGGAGCCUUGGGCAGCUCGCGGUCUCAAUUUCAGGUGACGUCGCUGCAGCACGAUGCGCGACUCUACGUGGUAAUGGAGGUGCCCAGUGGCAAGAGCCCGCCCUGCAACGAGACAGGCGUCUCCUUGACGAGUUGCUUGGCCAACGGCCAGCGCUGGCUCUCGGAGGCCGAGGCUUCUCCGAGCUGGCAGGAGAAAGCGGCGGAAGGCAGAAAGCCGAAAAGACCGGAACUGUUGAUGUUUAGCACCUUCGCACCCAAAGGUGCCAACCUUUCCUUCCCUCAAGUGGUUCCCACAGGGGAGCCACCGAGAGGAUUCGCGGUGGUGGUGCCCCUUACGGCUGGCAGUUUCAAUGUCACAUUGACCUCCAAUACUGAGCUGGAAGUCAGGAAGACCAUCAUGGAUGAAGGUGUGAUGGCUUGGGUGGAUCGUGACCAUCAAUAUUUGGACGUGCCGGAAUAUUUGAAGCACGGGAUUUUGUUCCAGCAACCCUUCAAGGAUAUCCCAACGGGUAGCGUCCUCACUGUCCGGCCCAACUCGGCCUCCACGGUCUACGUUUUGACCGAGCGCCGCGGCGGGCACGGCGGGCACGAGGUGCACGGCGGGCACGAGGUGAACGGCCACGGUUACAACGGCGACAACGGCAACGGAAAGGUCCGGCGCAGCUGGGCGGAGGACCUGGGAAGUUCCUGGCACCUGGAGGAGGCGGCGCCACGAUGGCAUGAGCUGCCCACGAUGAGGACUUACAGCAGGUACUGCCCUGGUGGCUGGCCUUUAGCCUUGCCACCCUGCCAUGCUCCGCCAAAUGACGGGCCUGUCUUCAGCGUCGUGGUCACACCGGUCACGGCCCAAUCCUCAGCACCCUUGGAGGUGAGUUGUCACAAUGAGGGCUUCCGAGAGAUCGAGAUGCUGAGUCUGCAAGAGGGCGUGCCGUUGAGCCGUAGCAGCAGCAAGGGGAUCUUGGUCGAGGUGCCUCCAUGGAUGCAGGGCGCAAUGCUGAUUAGCCCCAUGGAGCCGGAGAAGCGCGGGACCAGUCGGCCCGGCUUCGCGCGCUUCGCCUUGCGCCCGGCCGCUGCCUCGGUGGUCUAUGCGCUGCUGCCGGCGAGCUCGGUGGCGGCGGAGUAUGCGGCCAGGUGGGGCAAUGGUUGGGAAGCCCGAGACGAAGCACCUUUGUGGCAGCCUGAGGAGGGCCUCAAGGCGCGCUUGGCCGUGGUCGCCAAGCGCGUCUUGCCGCGUGAGCUGCUGGGGGUGCCUGGCACAAGUGAUGGCACCGCGGUGGAGGAGACGGAGGUGCUUGGUCUUGUGGUCAAGGUGGACGAAGAGGCCUUUGACGCCUCGGUGGAGUGCAACAAUGGCUUGGAACUGGCCAGAAACCAGGUCAAAGAGACCGGCUUAGCCUGGACGGAUCGACAGAAUCGCUUAGCAUGGAUCCCAGAGUGCAUGAAGGGCGGUCUCCAGUUCCGCGGGCCCCAUGAGAUCCUCACGAGGCCGGGCUUGAGCUUGCGGAUCCGAGCCACUGCAGCCUGUCGUGCCUUUGUGAUGAUCGAAGCGAACUACAAGGAGUUGCCGCCUCGAAACGGCCGAGGUUUGCCGGAGCUGCUGCUUCAGCACGGCUGGGCCCUUGAAACUGCCCCAGCGCCAGCGUGGCAGGAUGCAGCCUCAACGCUGAAGCUGUUGAGCAAGCGCUGUCCGGAAGGUCAAGAACUGCUGAUGCCCCUCUGUGGCGAGGAGGAGGACAAGCGCAUGGAGACGCCGUUGCUGUUUAUGAUGGUGGUGGUCAGCCUUGGCCCUGAGCGUUUGGGAGAGGAGAUGCGUCGUUCCUUCAGCCUCUGGGACGCCGACAAUGCUGGCGGCUUAGCCAUGGAACAGCUGCAGGAGAUCCUGAAACGGUUGUGCCCUCAACUGGACGACAAUACUCGCAAGAUGGUCGUCAGUCAAGCCUUCGCUUCUCCCAAAGGGGAGAUGCGCAGGGUCAUACCCUAUGAGGAGUUUGUUGAGAAAUUGCUGCGAUUUGCAGCAGUGGGAGAACGUCAAGGGUAGCUGCAAAAAUCGUCAAUUCAUGGCCGAAUCGGCCGAAUCGGGUGAGCCGCUUGAGGGCGAAAUUCUUUGGAUUCUGC